AUGAAGGCACCUCCAGCAGCUCAGAACGCCAAGCAGAACGCGCUGGCGCUUAAGAGAUACCUGCCCCGCAAGCUCCGAGAGGCGGCCGAGGACGAAGCCGAGGUGGAGAAGGGCAUCGGGCAUGACCUGAUCAUCUACAGCUUCGACCGCCCCAACGGGCAGUACGGCUACACGCCCUUCACGAUCCAGCUGCGCAUGCGCCUGCGCCACGGCGGUGUCCAGCACAAGGACCGCGCCGCCAACUUCUUCCAGGCCCCAAAGCAGCGCGUCCCGUACGUCAAGCUCGCUGACUCCGACGAGCUCGUCGGCGAGGCCCAGUUCGUCAUCCAGCGCCUGGUGCAGACUGGCAGGCUUCCGGACCUCAACAAGGACCUCUCCGCGGCUGAUAAGGCUAAGGAUGUUUGCAUCCGCGCCAUGUUGGAGGAUCGCGCCUACUUCCUUGUUCUCUACGAGAGAUGGCGCGGCCAGUAUGAGCAGAUGUGGCACGACGGCCCCUUUGCCCACUUCGUCUGGGGCGCGAGACACAUCUCGCACCAGAUGGCGCGCGGCUACGUCAACUCCCAGCUGUACCUGCAGGGCGUCGGCCGCUACACCGACGACGAGGUCAAGACCUUCGCCACGGACGUCGUCACCUCUCUCAACGGCUUCUGCGAGACGGCGCUCUCCAAGCUGUCGCUCGACUCCCGCGAGUCCCGCGAGCCCUUCUGGAUCCUGGGCGGUCAGAGACCUACCGAGGCUGACUUUGUUGCUUACGGCAACCUGGCGACGGUUCUGGGAACCUCUGUCAACCCGGUCCACGCGGCUCUGAUCCGCGAGAAGCCCGCCUUGGUCGAGUACAUUGGACGGAUCCACGAGCGUUACUUCUCCGAGUACAAGUCCCCUGUUCACUCUUGA